AUGGGAUCAUUGGCCAAGUUAUCAACGUUCCAGUGGAUGUGGACAAGAUGUGAGGAGCAGCUGAAUGCCAUCGACACUGAAGCUGAGAGCAGCACAUCUGGAGAUGAAAAUGCUUCAAUAGAUCUGGAGACUAUUGAAAAUAACAACGAUGUUGAAUUGCUAAUUGGGCAACAGCAUACUCUAUUAUGGGAUGAAGACAAGUGUCUGGAAAUAGCUCCGGCCCAGGACAAAGUGCCUCUUUCCAUAAUAUAUGAUGAGCACGCCGAAGAACUUCCAUUUCCAGAUAUUUAUUUGGGACAUCCGAGGACUUUCAAUCCGGAGGUUCGAGUGACACCGUUCAUGAUGGCCACAAGUGAACUGAGACGUCGUGAUAGAUGUGGAGCUAAGCCCCAACAUCUGUUGUACGUGGCGAUGAAGAUACUCCGUCUGCGCGUUUCGGAGGGACUACAAUGCACUUUCAAAUGCAUGGCAACCGCGAACAUUACACGUGCUAUGUUGAGCGACAAAGAGUUUUUGGAAAAGUGUAUCGAUCGAAAUCUGUCAUUUCUAAAGUCGAUUCCAAACUCUGUGCAAUACUGGCAGCAACGCAAACGUGACCUGUUUGCAAUGAUCCGGCAAUUAGGAAAACCAACUAUGUUUCUAACAUUGAGUGCAAGUGAAACAAAAUGGCCUCAAUUGCUCCGAACACUGCACAAGCUAUCGGAUAGAUACAUGGAUAGCGAUGUGCAAGACAUUAUGCAGCAAUUAACGGCACUACAGCGAGCAACUCUUGUCAACGAGGACCCAGUAACAUGCUGUGUAUACUUCAACAAACUGGUUGAUGUUAUCAUGCAGUUGUUACAGUCGACCAGGUACAGUCCGUUCGGUCAGUAUCGAGUGGUGGAUUACUUCAAGAGAAUCGAAUUUCAACAUCGAGGUAGUCCACAUGCUCAUAUUCUACUCUGGUUGUCUAACGAUCCAGGAGAGGAUGUCUCAGAGAAUAUGCCCGCAACAAUUCAACUCAUCGACCAUUUGUGCUCCGUAAGAGAUGCUGAUUUGCCGGAGAGCUACGGUAAUCAAGUGCAUAAACACACUUUUACCUGCUAUAAACGGAACGAUAAACGAUGCCGUUUUAAAAUACCAUACUGUCCAAUGGAUCAGACAAGAGUUCUUUUGCCGAUUACUGCUAGCGAUGGUCGCCGUGAACAGUUGAAAAGACGGUCUGGGACGAUGCAAAAUGUUCUGGAGGCGAAAAAAUUUGACACCCUGGAUCAAUUUCUCGAAGAUUGCAACUGCACGUACGAGUACUAUUUGGAUGUCAUACGUGCAUCGAUAAAUCGACCAACCGUUUUGCUCAAAAGAUCGUUGUCGGAAUUAUGGACAAACCCGUUCAAUCCGUGGAUAGCUAACAUACUUCGCUCUAACAUGGAUCUCCAGUUCAUUCCGGAAGUGUUCUCAUGUGCUGCGUAUGUCGUGGAGUAUGUCAACAAGACAAAUCGUGGCAUCAGCAGCUUGCACCACGAUUUGGUCAAGCUCCAGGAAGAAUAUCCAGAUCAGGAUUACACGGCACUGCUGAAGAAGCUCAGCCUUAAAAUGCCUAAUUCCGUAGAAAUGUCUGCUCAAGAGGCCGCCUGGUACUUACUUCGCCAGCCGAUGUCGGAAGCUAGUCGGAAGGUGGACUUUCUUCCGACAAUGUGGCCCCACGAGCGUAUCAAAUCCCGGAAACGCGCUCAGCAAAUGGAUGAGGAAGGCUUGGACGAGGACUCAACGGAUGUAUGGACUCUCAACAUCGUUCAGAAAUACGAAGCGCGUGAAGGUUUGGAUGAUGUAUGCCUAGCAGAUUUCGCGGCCUGUAUGAACGAGUUGGUGGAGUAUAAGCGAGAGAUGGUCCUUUUGUUCGUGCCGUUCAGAAACGAACUGUGUGAUAUUCUCGACGGCAAUAAGUUUCUUACUUUGUACGAUCGCAGUGAAACAGAUAUUAUGAGCAAGUGCAAAGAGUAUUCGACGGAUUUAGACCUGGAACGCACCGUGCAAGAAUAUCUUCGCUUGUGCGCUGAAGAUGACGCUCAACAAAAUAUCGCCAGCGAGAGGCACGAUGAGUUUGUUCGAACGAUUGCUAUGCAUCCAAAUGACGACGAUAUCACUCAUCUGCCCAUUGGUUCUUUGUCGGCAGUUAAACAGCGCACAAAUGUCAUGAGUAAGCAGGAAUUUUGUGCCAUGGUGCGGACAACAAAUGCCGAGCAGCGAGAUUUGGUGUUGGAAGUGAUUGACAGAUUGCACGCUUUCGACGGCAGCAGUAAACCACUACAAAUUUUCUUCACCGGUCCUUCAGGUUGUGGUAAAACAUUCACGCUUUGGAUCCUGAUAGAGACAUACAAUCGAUUUAGCCAGGCGCACAACUCGCAAAAGAAUGCAUACGUGGCAUGUGCUUCGACCGGAAAAGCAGCAGUUGCAAUCAACGGCACAACUGUUCAUUCGGCAUUUCGAAUAACGAUGUCUCGAAGAAACAAUGCCAGUUUGAGCUUCGAAGCACUUCAGCUGUACCGAAACGCAUUCGCUAAUGUUAAGGCAGUCAUCGUAGAUGAAGUCAGCAUGAUUGGUGCAGACGUACUAAAUAAUGUGCACACUCGUCUCCAAAACAUCACCGGUAAUUACGACGAUCCCUUCGGAGGUUCUGACAUAAUUUUUUGUGAAGACUUACGUCAACUACCGUCAGUGAAUGCACGGCCGGUAUACAAACCAUGCACAAAUUCUAUGCACGGUGCCGUUUUGUGGCAGUCUCUUGAGUUCUUCCCGUUGGUGAGGGUGAUGCGACAAACCGAUGAGCAAUUUUCUACCGUGCUUACUAAGAUUGGAAAUGGAGAGCAACUAACCGCAGUAGAAAAGGAGACUAUAGAGAGUCGAUUCCGUACUACCGAGUGGUGCAAGAUAAAUGUUCCCAGUGCAGUGCGCCUUUUCCACCGAAACGCUGACGUUGAACGAUAUAAUCGCGAAUCGUUAAAUGUGAUGCCCGGAUUGGAUUGUACAGCUGAAGAUGCAUUUGCCGGAUACAACAAUGCUGAACCACUGGCAAGUUCCCGCACCAAGCUGUACAAAAUGAGUGUGGCAGAAACCGGAUGUUUGCCUUACAUGGUACGCCUUGUCCUAGGAAUGCCAUACAUGGUGACCACGAACGUCGAUGUUGAAGACGGGCUUGUAAAUGGUGCGAUUGGAGAGCUGAAAUAUGUGGAGCAUGACGAAGAUGAUGCUCAUGAGGAAAUCGUCAAAUUGUGGAUCAAAUUUGACAGUGAUACAAUUGGUGCUGUUUUGAGACUAAAAUCAAGACCGUUACUGUACUCUAAGCCCGGAAUCUUGCAGCCCGACCGGACCCCCAUUUCCAGACGAUCAGCAAACAUCAAGCUCAGUAGUAGCAUCAAGUGUAAACGUAUAUAG